CCGUAUCGGAGUUGCAGUCGCCACCACUUUUAUUUAAAAUGCCGUUUUCUUUCAAUUUAUAUGCAGAAUAGCUAUAGUUUUAGUGGCAUUGAUUUAAUCCAAAAGGGAAAGCCAGGCCAGGCGACGUUCUUCUCCGCCUCUUCCUUUUCAAAGAACGCCAAAAUGAAACCAAGUUGAAGAAACCCAGAAGAGAAAACAAAUAAUUUUGACGAAUUCUUGUUUUUGGAUCGAUUUUGAUUAUCUGCAAUGGACCCUGCCAUUUUGGACAGUAUCAUAUGUCGUUUAUUGGACACUAAGCAGGCAAAGUCAGGGAAACAGGAACAGCUGAUGGAAGAUGAGAUCCGUAAGCUUUGUAUUGUUUCUAGAGAAAUAUUUCUUCAACAACCCACUCUUCUUGAACUUACAGCUCCCAUUAAGAUCUGCGGUGACAUUCAUGGACAGUACACUGAUCUUCUGCGGCUUUUUGAGUGUGGAGGUUUCCCUCCUAAUGCUAAUUAUUUAUUCCUGGGGGACUAUGUUGAUCGUGGCAAGCAGAGUCUAGAAACAAUAUGCCUUCUGCUGGCCUAUAAGAUCAAAUAUCCUGAGAACUUCUUUCUUUUGCGAGGGAAUCAUGAAUGUGCUAAUAUUAAUCGGAUUUAUGGAUUUUAUGAUGAAUGCAAACGAAGGUUCUCUGUGGGAGUUUGGAGGACCUUUACUGAGUGUUUUAACUGUCUUCCCGUGGCUGCUGUAAUAGAUGAUAAAAUAUUGUGCAUGCAUGGUGGUCUUUCCCCUGAUCUAUCAAAUUUGGAUCAAAUUAGGACUUUAACCCGUCCAAUAGAUGUUCCCGAGUCUGGUAUGCUUUGUGAUUUACUUUGGUCAGAUCCUGGUAGGGAAAUCAAAGGGUGGGGUAUGAAUGAUCGGGGAGUCUCAUACACCUUUGGCCCAGAUAGAGUUUCUGACUUCUUAAUGAAAAACGAUAUGGACCUUAUUUGCCGUGCCCAUCAGGUUGUUGAAGAUGGCUAUGAGUUCUUUGCUGACAGACAGCUUGUUACAGUAUUUUCAGCUCCCAACUAUUGUGGUGAAUUUGAUAAUGCGGGUGCAAUGAUGACUGUUGAUGAAACCCUAAUGUGUUCUUUCCAAAUUCUGAAACCCGCUGAGAAAAAGUCCUCCUGGUUCCAUUGAGGAACAUGUUCUGAUGUAAGUUUCAUUCUAUACCAUGAAGCAAAU